AUGAAUCCGAUUUUUGAUGAUUUCAGAGAAGCGUACGAGAAUGGGGAUGGAUAUCUUCUUUCACAAACGCUCUCUCCCAUCCCCCCUUCUUCACAACCUCAGAGGGUAUAUAACUUCUUCCGAAGUACAAAUUUUGCUGCGGCGCAGAAAGAUCUGAAACAGCAGAUUUUACCCUUCAAGCUUGACCCAGAUGAAAGCAAGGGUUGGAUUGAAAUUUAUCACGCAUAUUGGAAGGCUGUGGGCGAAGUCUUGAACGCAGAAAAUGCUCAGAAGGGAAAUACAAAGGCAGCGUGGAGCAAAGUAUAUGAUGCUUGGAAAGAGGUGUUAAACGCCCUAAUUCGGGGCUACACCAACUGUGGAUUUGAGGCCUGGACGGUGCCUUGUCUGUACGUGGUCGGCAAGUAUCUGAGGAUAUUUGCUAUCAAAGCAGAUGAGGGAAGUGGAAAUAGCAUCGGUGCAGUCACCAGUUUCCAAGACGACUUCAAUCCCGAGGCGGAGAAAAACGAAAAGCUUGAAGAUGCUGCAAGACAACUCAAUCGAAUAUUCCAGAUAUGCCUUGCUGAUAGGGCCGAAAUUGGAGAAUCAAGAAAGUGGGGCAUUUACAACAUCAUCAAUUUGUUAUUCAAGACCUAUUUCAAACUCAACUCAAUCAGCUUGUCGAAAAACAUCCUCAAGGCAAUCCAGGCUUAUCGAGGCGAUAUGCCAACUCUUGACAAAUUCCCUGUGGGCCACCAGGUGACUUUCAAAUAUUAUAUCGGAGUCAUUUAUUUCCUGGAUGAGAAUUACGCGGAGUCCGAGAAGAACCUGACAGAAGCCUGGCAAUUAUGCCAUAAGGACGCAAUCCGCAAUAAAGAACUCAUCUUGACCUACCUUAUUCCAUGCCACCUCCUCACCACCCACACCCUCCCCACGCUCGCUCUACUGUCGCCCUAUCCACGACUACAGAAGCUUUUCCUCCCCCUAUCACGGUGCAUCAAGAAAGGCGACCUCGCAGGCUUCGAUGCCGCGCUCGUAGCUGGCGAAGACGAGUUUGUCAAACGACGCAUCUACCUAACGCUCGAGCGAGGCCGCGACAUUGCCUUGCGCAAUCUCCUCCGCAAAGUCUUCAUCGCAGGCGGUUUCGAAGAGACCAAGGACGCCGCUACACCUCCUGUACGGAGGACGAGAAUUCCCGUUGCUGAAUUUGGCGCUGCUAUUAGUAUUGGUAGCAAGGAGACGAUGGAUAAUGAUGAGGUGGAGUGUUUAUUAGCGAAUAUGAUUUACAAGAAUUUGAUGAAGGGUUACAUUGCGCGGGAGCGUGGUAUCGUGGUACUGAGCAAAGGCGGAGCAUUUCCUGGAACUGGAGUCUGA